AUGAGCGACCCAACCUAUCCUGUCUUUCCUAUCUUCGCAUUCUUAGGCUUCACACUUGCGUUGAUGCCUAUCCCAUGGCACCUAGAGGCCUGGAACUCUGCAACGUGUUACUACAUGAUCUGGGCCUCUCUAGCGUGUCUCAACAAAUUUGUGAAUUCUUUGAUCUGGGCAAAUAACAUUCUCGACAUUGCGCCGGUAUGGUGUGAUAUCUCUACACGUAUAAUUAUAGGGGCUUCGGUCGGCAUACCGGCGGCCUCGCUUUGCAUCAACCGCAGACUUUACCUUAUUGCAAGAGUGCAGGCUGUUUCUAUAACAACAGCAGAGAAAAAGCGAGCUAUAUUCAUAGAUAGCAUAUUCUGCGUCCUCUUUCCGAUCAUCUGCAUGGUCCUUGCCUACGUCGUCCAAGGUCAUCGUUAUAAUAUAUACGAAGAAAUUGGCUGUUACCCUGCCAUAUAUAAUACGAUCGCUGCAUACUUUCUGGUCAACUGGUGGCCAGUUGUGCUCGGACUCAUUUCGGCCGUCUACUGCGUUCUUUCCCUGAAAGCGUUCACCGCUAGACGUGCCCAAUUUAAGCAAUUCCUUACAUCAGGACAAUCGUCGCUAACAUUCAGUCGCUACUUCCGCUUGAUGGCGCUGGCAACUACCGAACUUUUGUUCACCAUUCCCGUCUCUAGCUACGCCAUCUAUUUGAACGCUACUGCUCAACCCAUAGAGCCUUGGGUUAGUUGGUCUUACGUGCAUUACGACUUUUCGCGCAUCGAACAGGUGCCCUCCAUUUUAUGGCGCUCCGAUCGUCAACUAGUUAUUGCGCUUGAGUUAGGACAAUGGCUCAACCCAGUCUGCGCUCUAAUCUUCUUUGCAUAUUUUGGGCUUGCCAGCGAGGCAAGAAGCCAUUACAAGUCGGCAGCUCUACGUAUUGGGCGUCUUUUUGGGUUCCAUCGGACACAAUCUGCGAAGUGUGCUAUACAAAGCGCAGAUCAUGGGUUCAUGCGUCAUGAGAAAGCUGGCCUUCCACGUCUACCGCCAUCGUACUCCGAAACCGCGUUUACCUACAAAUCCGACCUCCCCUUACCGCCCUCGAUGAACACAUUGCAGUCGAAAGAUAUCUCUGUUAACAUGUGCCCCCUGCUCCAUCAACAUGAUGAUUCUACCGAGCCCGGCUCGCUGUCGCUUCCAUCCUCUCCCAGUACCGCUAACAGCGACUCUACCGUAUUUGACGACGUUGAGUCUCAGUCGCGUCGCCACGGUCUGUCCGUAUUCAAUGCAUCGUGA